AUGCCUAGUGAGCCUAUUGCUUCUUUGUCGACAGGCUUAACUGCUUCCAGUGGUAAAGGGGGGGUGGGGAGGGGGGGGGGGGGUGGGGGGGGGGGGGGGGGGGGGGGGGGGGGGGGGGGGGGGGGGGGGGGGGGGGGGUGGGGGUGGGGGGGGGGGGGGGGGGGGGGGGGUGGGUGUGGGGGGGGGGGUGGGGGGGUGGGGGGGGGUGGGGGGGGGUGGGGGGGGGGGGUUGGGGUUGGGGGUGGGGGUGUGGUGGUGGUGGUGGGUGGGGGAUGGGUAGUGGGGGGGGGUUAG